AUGACGAACUCACCAUCGAGCACGUCCCUGGAGAGCUCAGUCACCGCGACUGAGGCCGACGUCCAGUCGCAGAACGCCGGAAUGACGCGCGUGAACCACUUCAAGAUCGUCUUCGACCGUGCGGGCGUAACGAGGGAGGCCCUGCAGUGGAGAUAUCCCGGAAACGGAACCGAGGAGAGCCCCUACGCCGUCGACUUCACGCCAUGCGACCCGUACAACCCCCAGGAAUGGACAAAAACCAAGAAGUGGUGCAUGACGAUCCUGACCGCCAUCUCCACCCUCGCCGUCGCUUUCGUGAGCAGUGCCUUCUCCGGGGGGCUGGCGUACAUCAUCGCCGAGUUCAAGGUGUCCCAGGAGCUGUCCAUCCUCGGCCUGUCCCUCUUCGUCGUCGGGUUCGCUGUUGGUCCCCUGCUCUGGGCGCCGGCGAGUGAGUUUUACGGCCGGCAGAUAUUGUUCACCAUUACGUAUGCGGCUCUGACGGCGUUCAAUGCCGGUGCUGCUGGCGUCAAGUCCUUCGCUGGCCUCGUCGUCCUCCGUUUCUUUGCAGGCGCUUUCGGAUCGUCGCCCCUGACGAACUCGGGUGGUGUCAUUGCGGAUAUGUUCUCGCAGAAGGAGAGAGGGUUCGCGACGGCUUGCUUCGCAGCUGCCCCUUUCUUGGGCCCAUCGCUAGGACCCAUUGUGAGCGGCUUUCUUGGCGAGGCUGAGGGCUGGAGGUGGAUCGAAGGCCUCAUGGCCAUCUUUACCGGUGUCCUCUGGAUUGCGUGCUCCCUCCUCGUCCCCGAGACCUACGCCCCAGUCCUCCUCCGGAUCCGCGCCGCCAAACUCUCCAAGCUCACCGGCAAGGUGUACGUCUCGAAGAUGGACUUCAACAAGAAGCACCACACGAUGGCGCAGCAAUUCAAGAUCGCCCUCUCCCGGCCGUGGAUGCUUCUGUUCCGGGAGCCUAUCGUCUUUCUUACCAGUGUUUUCAUGGCAAUCAUCUAUGGUACUCUGUACAUGAUGUUUCCGGCGUUCCCCAUCGUGUUCCAGGCGUCCAAGGGGUGGGGUCCCGGCGAGGCUGGUCUCGCUUUCCUGGGUAUCACCGUUGGUAUGGUGUUUGCGGUAGCGUAUGCCAUGUUCGAUAACGUGAGAUACGCAAAGGUGGCCGAGGAACAUGACGGCAUGGCUCCCCCCGAGGCUCGCCUGCCUAUGGCGAUUGUGGGCUCAGCUUUCAUUCCUGUCGGCCUCUUCUGGUUCGCCUGGACCAACGGAAACAGCGUCCACUGGAUCGUCCCUAUCGUCGGCAGUGCCUUCUUCGCGGUGGGCAUCGUCCUGGUGUUCUUGUCACUGCUGAACUACCUCAUCGAUUCGUAUGUCGUUUUCGCAGCCUCAGUUCUGGCAGCGAACUCUGUCCUGCGGUCCCUCUUCGGCGCCGCCUUCCCGCUCUUCACGAAGCAGAUGUACACGAACCUCGGCCUCCACUGGGCAGCCUCGAUCCCUGCCUUCCUUUCCGUGGCGUGCAUACCGUUCCCCAUCAUCUUCUACGUCUACGGGCCCAAGAUCCGGGCCAAGUGCAAGUUCGCCGCCGAGGCCGCACGGGUCCUCGAGGAGAUGCGCGGCCGCGUCGGCGCCGAGGAGGAGGACCCUGAGCUUGCGGAGGACGAGGCCAUGGAGGAGGUCGAGCGCGGGGAUAGGAUGGAGAAGCUGGUCAAGAAGAUGAGCCGCGCCUCCGGGAAGAGCCGCACGCGCGGCCUCAGCCGGGUCGAGAGCGGCGCCGCGGGCCCGGGCCCGGCGACGCAAGCUGCGCCCAAGGAGGUCGAUAACGAGAAGGCGGAGGCUUGA